AUGAGUAUUUGCAACACCACUGAUGUGUACACUGCAGCCUCUGUAAUUGGUCAAGAACUCCAAUUACUGAUCGACGAACAUGGUCCUGAGGAUUUUGAAUCUUUAAUGGUUCGAAUCAUAAACGUGUUGGAGGAGCUGGAAUUCUGCGUCUGUCAGUCAGCUGAAGAUGAGCGUGAAAUUGAGGAACUUCAAGAGCUGCAUGAUGCACUCAAAAAAGAUAGGAAUGAAUCCGAGCUGCAGGACUUUGCAUUGGACUUGGAUCUUAUGCAACAAAGUUGGUACAACGAAACUCAAAAGCUGAUGGAUCGGAUUGCACUAUUGGAAACUGAAAAACAGCGUCUGAAAUACCAAUUAGAGAACGCUGAAGAGGAAGCCGAAACCCACAGACCUCAACAGCCCCGCGUUUCCGACCUCGUGUCGGGUAAGAUGUCGCACCAGCGUCCACCCAGCCUGCCUCUUAGGUCUGUUGAGGUAGAUAAAAUUAUCGCGCAAACCGAAGAACGACUUCUGCUGGCACAGCAGGAAAGUAGUGCUGCCGAUCUACAAUUGAUUUGCUUACUUAAAACUGGCCUGCUUAAUCAGGCUCGAGAGAUCAAAGAAACGAAGAAAGAAAUUCUUUUCGUGGAGGCCUAUUUGGAUGCGGCUGAAGAAGAGGUCUGUCGCCUUGCGCGGGAGUCCGGUCAAAAUAUGGCUAAGAAGUUUUCAACUCCAAUGAACCAACUUAACUCGGAACAGAUGGAGUUAGAAACGCAAUUGUGUAUUUGUGAACGCGAGCUUGAGGAGCUCUCCCUUCUGAUGGAGUGCAUGCAGCAGGUUGAAUCCCCAAUGAGUCCGCCAAUGCCAUUGCACAUUGCUCCCGGCCAGGGUCUCGAAUCAGCUGAAACGACGCGAGACCGAGUGGACCAGGACAGUCUUCUCGCAUUGGAGCAGUUGCGGAACUUGUUGUACAAACGUAACAAUCUGCGUUGUCGCCUGAUUGAAUUGAAAGCCAGCUUGGAUGCAAUUUCGAAAAAGGCGAAAGAGUGGGGUGGCUACUGUUCUCUUCAGCACCUCCUCCAGACGCUCCUGCAUGUGCUCCAGCUUUUUAUUUCCUACAUGCUUAUGCUGAUUAUCAUGACUUAUAAUGUGUACGUGUGCGUCGCUCUCCUCGUCGGUGCGGGUCUCGGCUACUUUCUUUUCUUCCGUAAUCAGUUUAUCAUCGUGGGAAAUAAGGAAUGCUGCCAUUGA